UGACUCAUUGGAGGGUGGGGAAACCCUGUUCGUCGAUCUAUAUCACGUUGCUGAGAUUUUCCGGGCUGAAUUUCCAGAGGCGUUUCGAAUUUUGACAAAAAUUCCAGUAACUUUCAGGAGGAUUCAAUAUGAGCGUGCCAACCCUGUCCACAUGGUUUACAGGAGACCUCUGAUAUCCCUCAACGACGAGAAACGGGUAAUCAAUAUCACUUGGCAUGAACAUCAAUUUGGACCACCUUUGGUGCAGCAGAACAACGUGGAGGAGUUCUAUCUGGCCUACCAGCUUUUCGCCAGGGCGAUCAAUGACUUCCCCUAUAGGAGAGUCGUACGUCUCCGGAAGAGUGAUAUGAUCUGCUUCAAUAAUAGGAGACUUGCUCAUGCCCGAAAUGCAUUUACUGGAAAAGGUGAAAGACAUUUGCAGGGAGGCUAUAUCAACUCCGAUGACUUUAAGAGCAAACUGAUGUAUCUGUCACAGAAGCUUGAUGACGGUAAACCUGUGUGUCACGUGGGAAAUACAGACUGGACUUAAAACAGAGGAACAACUUACAUUCGGAGAAGUAAGGAUGACACUCAUAGUUUCAUUCAAACUUGUUGCUAAGUAUUUCGUAACAUUGAAGGAAAAAGUCCCGGCAACUCACACUGUCAAGAUUCGUGAAAUUGACACAACAAAUCGACAUAUAUCAACUGUAGGAGAUAUGUUUUAACUUUAUUUACGAUACCAUACGUAAGACUUUUUAUAUACAGAGGAUAUCAUAUAUAUUUCUCUUUAGUUUCCAAACACAUAUAUAUUAUACGUGUGUAUUUUUUAGUCAACUGCAAAAAUAAUGAAGGUAUGACGACAACAAAGAAAUAUUUCAAGUCUUGAUUUUCAUCAUUAUAUCACUA